GCCACUCGUGCCCGCACGGUUAAGGGGUGUGCGCGCGCUCCCGAGUCACCAGGAAAUAUGGCGGCGCUCAUGACUCUCAGUCAGGUAACAACUCUCUACCUCUAAUAAAGUCCCUCGUUUGGAUUAUUAGUACAUUCAAGUGACAGAGAAAGUGGUUUUAUUUUCUAGCAUUAUCCCAGUUCCGUGAGUUUUAGCGAAUAUCGGUCUUUGGGAUCGUAUUAGCAUCAUUUCGGUGUCAGCAAAGUUAACAUGUUAGCUAGGUUAAGUAAGGAUAGCAAAGUUUGUGUGAGCGUUUUAGUUCAGGGGGAGAUUUAAUGCGACGAAGUGAGUCAAUUUGAUUCGGCUGGUGAAGGUAAACAUGGCAAUAACGCGGUUAAUAUUGAAGUAGGUACAAAAACAAACCUUUUGACGGCAGAUUUAAGCUGUAAAUGUUUAGCGGGUCGUAUCGCGUAUGAAGAAACUCAGAUGUGUAAAGCCGACUGUAAAGCUCUUUCUAGUUUUCUGAAAACCUGAUUUUGCCAAUAUAUAAGCUGAAAAACUUAUUUGUAACUCGGUCGGUCACAUAUUUGUUCCCUGUAUGUGCAGUUAUCAAGUGGAAACCCAGCCUAUGACAACUACUACAGACAGGUAAGAUCCAAGUUAAGGUGUGUUUAUUCUCUCUGCCUUUACAGCGACUCAUUCAACAGAGAUUAACUUGUGUUAAAUACAAUCUAUGACUCAAACAGUCUGCUUUAUUCACUCAGUGUUAUGUUUCUUAACCUUUGUAGCUAGAUCCGACAAACACUGGGAAAAUAACAGCUGUCGAUGCAGCUCAGUUUCUCAAAACGUCAGGGCUGUCAGACAGUACCUUAGGAAAGGUGGGUCAUAAUCCUACUCAUGUCAACAUAACACACAUACACACCCCUGUAUUUACUGUACAAACCCCUUUUCUUCUGCUUUUUCAGAUUUGGGAUUUGGCCGAUUCAGAAAGAAAAGGCUAUUUGGAUAAAAGGGUAACAUAACCUCUCCUUUGAAUUUUCUAGACUGCUGAUGUGUGCAGAAAACACCACAUCGCCCUCACUUUGUUCCUCUUUCCUAGGGUUUCUUCAUCGCUCUGAGACUGGUGGCGUCAGCACAAAGUGGAAAUGAUAUCAGCCUCCACAACCUCAACCAAAACUUAGCUGCACCCAAAUUUGUAAGUGAUGAAGUAAUGCGUCUGACAAGUGCAAAUAUCCUAAGAUGCGAUAAGGAUAACUGUAUAUUUAAAAUUGAAAAAGCUAAAUGCAAAUAUUGCCUUUUUUAAUUAUGUUUAUGUUUACUUAUUUUUAAGUGUCUUAUUGUAAUUUUUUUUACAGAGAGACUCUAACAGCCCAUUAUUAAGUGUUUCAACUACAGGACCUGAUUCUCAGUGGGCAGUCAGGGUGAGUCAAUACCAAUUUUAAGAUUUUUUAAAAAUUGUUUUUGCAGAUUUUCAAAAUUUCAGCUUGUCAUUAAAACUUAAGUUUCCUCUCUCCAACAGGCUGAUGAAAAAGGGAAGUUUGAGGGCAUUUUUGAGAGCCUAUCUCCUGUAAAUGGUCUCCUCUCAGGUGAUAAAGUCAGGCCAGUUUUAAUCAACUCCAAACUACCUCUGGAUAUACUGGGAAAGGUGAUAUAUUAUGUUAGAUUUACACAGCAUAGUUCAAAGUGAUUAAGACAUGCUCAUUAGGAAUGACCUUUUUUUCCUAGAUUUGGGAUCUUAGUGAUGUGGAUAAAGAUGGACAGCUGGACAAAGAUGAAUUCACAGUGGUAAGCUUGUUUCUGCUGUUGCUGUGAAAAGCAACAAAACUAACAGAUAAUGUUAUUCACUAUUAUAUGAUUUGAUGUCCCAUAUUUUAGGCAAUGCAUCUUGUGUAUCGUGCCAUGGAGAAGGAGCCUGUCCCUGCCACCUUACCCACAUCUCUCAUUCCCCCAUCUAAAAGGAAAAAGACAGCAGGUACACUACCAGGUGCUGUGGCUGUGCUCCCUGCUCUGUCUGGGCUUUCUGGUGGCCCGAUUCCUCUCAAAGAUACCCUGCGAAGCACUCCUCCUCUGGGUGGCACAGCCCUCCUAAGCAACAGUACUGUCAACCUCUCUCCAAAACACUCCUUCAAAUCCAGCACUCCGGUACGUUGAUUUACUUCUCUUUCUGUUUCACAGGCCACAUCUUGGUCGUGGUUAGACUAAUUGUAACCUACUAAGAAAGACCUUUGUGAAAUAGAUCUUCCUUGGCCAACGUUGUUUGCCCAUGGAGAUGUUUCUACAUUUUCAGAUAUGCAUCCAUGUAAAAACACAGUCCAUAAAAUGCCUUGGAUCAUUAAGAGCCUGUGUACUGGCAUAGCUCAUCUUGCAGAUUUUGCUUUGACUUCCUGUUUUAUGAAACUCUCAGCACUGCUCAGCUGGCAGAGCAUUACAGCUGAACAAACAAAACCCGGCACAAGAAGUUACUGGUUCAGAAAGUGUUCUGAGUCGAUGUCAUCAUAUUAUUGAUUCAAUAUUAGAGCAAAAUAAACACAAAUCGAAAAGGUUAUGUAUGUUCCAGCUGUGAGAUUCACUGUAUUGGCUUUUACAUGCAUAAUUAGAGACUUGUCUGUUUUAAAUAGUUUUAAAACCCUCAAAAUCAGUUUUACUCUUAACCAAAACAUGAUAUGAAAAUAUUUAAAUGUGAUGAAAGUUGAUGGAUAAUAUAUAUGUAUCAGUUAGGAUCCAAAUAAACUCCUGGGAAAAUAUUCUACACCACUUUUACCAUCAUCUGUUUGAUUGAUGAGUCUUGUUUUUGUCCAGAGGAGAGGAAAAAACCUAACGGGAUGUUUAGCACAUUAUCUUUCAGUACUAGUUUCACACAGCUGCCAAAAAAGUGAAUUCUUCCUUUAAGUGCAUCGUCUUAUCGAUGAGGGUGAUCGUGGGUUUUAUGAAAUGUACACUACCCAAAUGUGGCUCCUUGUUGUAGAGUAUAAUGAUGUGAAAAACAACAAUCUAGAGGGAAAAAUCCAUACAUUUCGUUUUCCCUCACUCUUCCCUCAGAAAAGGUGCCCAGCCUUUGAAGAAACCCGCAUUACAUGUAUUGAUUCUUCCUCUUCUCUGAUGGGUGGACUUGUUUUUCCACAUUGUUUUGAGCCUCGUGCACAGCCCGGUUUGUUUCUCUCUACCUCGUUGUACCUGCAGGGAUUUUUCAUCUGUGACUUUUAGAGGAACAGGUUUCCUUGAACGGGAAGGGGAGCAAGACUGUUCAUACUUGUACCACGAUCCCCUGUAGGGCUGUCAAACCAUUUUUGUGUUGUUCCCUAUUUUUUUAAUAAAUGCCAAUUCUCACCCCUCUAAUUCUUCCACUUCUCCAAAUUCACUUUUUUUUUUGUUAAUUAUCUGUUCAGACGAUGAAAUUUUCUUGCCUGUGUGCUAUUUUUUUUUCAUGUUUUUGAUAUUACUCACUAGUCAGGACAUAUUUUUCUCAUAAGUCACCAAUUCCAGGCUGUUUGUAUUUGAAACAGUGCGUUAUAUAAUUCCACCACUACCCUUUGCAUUUGAGGUUUAACCUGCAGCUGUUUUCCCUUUCCAAAACCACAUGAAUGUUUCCUUUUGUUUGUUGUAGCCUGCUGUGAACUGGGUGGUACCAGUUGCUGACAGGGACAGAUAUGAUGAGAUCUUCAAGAAAACAGACGCUGAUAGUGACGGCCUUGUGACUGGAACCGAGGUUAUUGAGAUCUUCAUGCUGUCCACGCUCUCGCAAACCAUGCUGGCUCAAAUAUGGUGAGACUUCUGUGCUAUCACAACACACUUCUCAUAUGAAUAUUACCUUGGUCGAAUAAGCUGCAUCACACCGGGAAACAACCCAAACAAACAUGAACCGAUCUAUAUCACACAAUCUGGUUUUGUAUUUUCAAAACAAUCCCUUGCAGGAGUAGUGUUAUUGAAGCUUUUGUCUUUAGCUGAUAGCCAGAGUAGAGCUGAAUCAUAUAACCCGACAUGGUCAUAGAUAGUUUCACUACCUUAAACUCUGGCUCCAUCUAGUGAGUCAGAAAAUGAUGGCAAUGUGUGCCAUACUGAGGCAAUGGGGACUGGUCUGCAGAGAAAAUCCACCAUUCUUAAUUCAGGGUUCCUACUCAGUUGGAAUUUUCAUACUUUUCCAUACCGUACUUUUUAGACUUAUUUUUUGGAAAUCCCUAUUUUUCUAUUAGAGAGUAUUCAGUAUUUUAUAACUGUGUCAAUAUAGUCUGAUUACAUAAAUAUUUUUCCAUACUUUAUUUUUCAUUUACCAUACUUUUUAAGACCUGGAAAUUGAUCAAAUCACCUCCAUACUUUCCAUACUUGCAUAGGAACCCUGUUAAUUAUUGCUGCCACAUGUUUUGUUUUGCUUUUCAAAGCCAUACAAUACCUUGAUGAUGAUGAAUCUCUCCCUCUUCUUCAGGGGACUUGCUGACACCAAACAAACAGGCAAGCUGAACCGGGAGCAGUUCUCUCUAGCCAUGUAUCUGAUCCAGCAGAAGGCAACCAAAGGCAUCGACCCUCCCUCUAGUCUAACGCCUGACAUGAUUCCCCCAUCAGAAAGGACUACAGCUUCAGCAGCCGUUCCUGUGAGUUCUAACUUAACGCUUCUGUGACAUCUGUUUCAACGGGCUAAAGCUCUUAUUCCUGGAAUUCUUCCUAUGCUGGUUUUUCACUUGCAAUUGUUCUCAAUUUGAAAUCAAAGAGCCUGAUUUCCUCCUGCUGCCGUAUGAAAUUGAAAUGGUGAGAUUUGCUCUGUGACUCUUCCCCUCUUGCUCUGCAGAAACUGUCGUAUGCUUUGGCUUUUUUGAGCUUUCUCUCCUCCUUUCCAAGCAGAACUUUGUGGGGUUUAUGCCAGCUGUGAGACCUGAGCUUGCCUCUCUUGCUAAUGCACGCAGAGUGAGUAUUUGCUUUCUAUGCCACAAGGUGGCGCUGUUGUUCUGUCAUAGUCCUUUGUCUCUAUCUAAAGCUUUGCAUGAAUGUGUGAAAAGAAACAUUAUCAUUGUGUUAUUUGUCAGUUUCAUCAUUUAUCUUCUUCAGAAACAGAACAGGGAAUUUUUUAGAUUAUCUGUUUCUGUUCUGCUGCAUUUUUUUUUUGUUCAGAAAAUUUUGAUUUUGAUUGAACUGCCUGUUCAAAACUUUGAUAGUGUCAAAGGUAAAUACUGCCAUCUGCUGUUUCAUCAAUGCACUGACACAAAAGUCUCUCUCAAGCUCAGAGUAUUUAUAUCAGAUUUUGAUAUUGGAGUCAAACUUUUUAUGAUAAACAUUCAAAACAAGCCAAAAUGUCACAUUAAAAAAUACAGUCUGAAACAGUGGUGAAUCUAAUUAUGAUUGUAGUAAAUGCAACAUGAUGUGUAAACUCUUGCCCAGUUAAAAAGGUUUUGGUUAAUUUUUCUAACCUACAACAGUCUAGCCACCCUUACAAAUGAUCUCAUGUCCCCUGUUGGUCUCUGGACCCCAAGGUUGAGAACCACUGACAUAGAAAGUCAGAUCUUUAUUCCCAAACCUCUCUGCUCCAGUGGCUGCCUGUCUAGGACCAACAUAUUCCCAGAAUGGGGACCAGCUAUCUGAGAAUACUUUAAAUGUUGACUUGUGUGUCUGAUAUUUCAUAAGUAUUAUAGUGAUUUUCUUUCCCUCGCAGAGAAUGUGAUGACACACAGAAGUCUUUAGCAAAGGGCACUUUUUUAGUCAUGUUUCUGCCAACUCAGUCAAAAGACACAAAGGCUCCUUGUCCAGUUUAAUGAUAGUGAUGUGGUGUAAUCAAUUGAAUUUGGUUUUCCAGUAGUCAGCUAUGUAUUAACGAAUCCUUUCAUCCUGUUAAUAAGUGAAAUGUUAUCUGUAGACUUCCACGCAUGUAAGCAGGUCGUUUUCCAAUUAGCAGGCAUGAAUUUAGGUUUACCCUUAUCAUACGCAGGAAGUGCUCAGAUUAGAUGUAUGUGAAACACUUAGUUGUUCACAAAGGUCAGAUAUUAAGUUGUUAGAACCUCAUGUAUAAGGCAUACAGCAGUCAAAGAAGCCUCUUAACUUUUUAGGGAAUAUAAGAUAUGUUGUUAACAAGCCAAAGAUGUAUCGGGCAUUUGUAGAGGCAGGUUUCGGGAAUUUCAAAAUCCUUUAUUGAUCCAAGUUUUAAAGAGUACAAGUUUUUUAAAGAGUACAACAUAAAACAUGAUAGGUAAUAAUGAAACAGUGCAGGGAGAGGCAAAAAAGCCACAAUGGGCUUAUUUGAAGCCUCCACCUUUUAUAAUAGCCCAAUAUUAAUAUUACAUUUUAAUGUACAAAAGCACAAGAUAGCAUGAAAAAAUUCAUAAAAGUAAUAGUGACUGACAUCAAUAAUAUAGAAAACAAAAAACAAAAUUCAGCACAACCCUUAAAAUCAAGGUGCAGCUUUUCUUUCUGUAUAAGAAGGCAAAGUGUACUAAAAAUCAAAGGCACAGUUAAGUUACUUUAGGUUAUCUUGGACAACAAAGUUUUUUUGUGUGUGUGAAUGCGCAGAGUUAAGUCAUGGAUAAGUAACUCAAUUAAGUAACAGCUUUUAAGAACUCACACACUUUUGUAACUCUUACAAAAGCGCCAUAGUUAGAAACACAUUUCGUAGCUCUCUGUCAUAAUUCUCUUGUAAAGGUUGAACAAGAAACCUUAUAUCUUUUUUCCCCUUCAAUCUUUUCAAGGUUGCAUAUCUUUGCACGGUUCUUUUAGUGACUGUAAAGAUGAGGAUUAUAAGAUACCAUGUUUAUUUUAGCUCAAUAAAGCAGUUUUUCAGUCAUACUUUUCUGUGUUUGCGAGAGGUGAGAGGUGUUUGCGUCCCCUUCCUGUGUCUUUUGUGUUGCUGGACGUGUCAGCAGGAGCUCCUCUUGUACCGUCCAAGUCUCCUCUGCCCUCAUGCUUUCCCAUUUUUUACUCCUCUCUCCACAUUCCCCAUCCUGCCUGCCUUUCCCACUGUUGUUGUCUCUAUCCUCAAGUUACUUGAUUCAUCAUGUAUUUUCUUACCCCGCUCCUCUCCUCUCUCCCCCCUCUCUGUCUCUCGCCUCAGGACAGCACCAGCUCGACGGGGUCGGCAGAGCUGACAGGCAUCAAAGAGCUCGAUGACCUCAGCCAGGAAAUAGCUCAGCUGCAGAGGUGAGCCCCUGAACUCUGAGUAGCAGGAGGACAGCUUUGUUUCUCUUCCUCCCCUUGAGAGAGCAGGAGAGGUUACAGUCAGAGGAUGUUCAGGAUCAAAGUUCUCGAAAACUAUUAGAUAUGUUUCUUCUAAAUAAUUUGAGCCUUUAUUUGACCAGGUGCUUUUAUUAGAAUUUAUUUUCUCAGAGGAAAUGAACAAAUUAAACAGUGAAGGAUCUGGAGAACUGAUAUUUGUCAAGGCUGCAUAUUCUAAGAAAGGUCAUGGAAAGACUACUGAUCAAUUGUUGCAACAGAUGCCCCAUUUUAACUGCUUCCUAGUGUUUAUUCUUUUGGAAAUCCCUCUGUCUUAAUGUUAUUCCAAAGCAGUAUAAGACAGCCAUGAAUCUUUUGCCCACGCUUGCUCAAGUUUUCCACAUCAGGACAGUUUAUGCUUAGCAUAAUGCCCGUAAAGUAGAGAAUGUCUUUAUUGCAACUUACUAAUGUUUUGACCACUCAUGGCAUUGUUUUGCGGGGAACCCCAGUCUGUUUGUAUCAGACAUGCGAAUUAUCAAACAAUAUUUCUUAUUUUGAUAAGAGAAGGUUUUGUCUUAUCAAGUUUAACAUAACCCCUAACUUUUUUUUUCUUCUUCUUCUGCAUAGAGAGAAGUUCAUACUGGAGCAAGAGAUCAGGGAAAAAGAGGAAGCCAUCAGACACCAAAAUAGUGAAGUUCAGGUAAGGCUGGCCAUCUUGAAACAAGCUCCAGGUUUAUGUUGUAGAUUUUCAGACAGAAAUUGCGGUUAUACUUUAAAGAGAUAUUUCAAAAAAGUGAGGUUAUGAGGUACAACAGAGAUUUAAAAAACAUCUGCAUCCCCAUUCAGACACUUUUCUGAAGUUUGCGACAAGCAAGAACUACGAUUGUUUUAAACCUGACAGCAGUGAGCCAUGUUCGCUGUGUUUUUUUUUGGUAUUCUUUUUAAGUACAAUACUCUGUCAACAGCUCUCUAACAAUACUGCAAAUGAUUCUGUGAUCUUAUGAUGUGGUUCUAAUGAGCGUUUCGUUUCUGCAUGUCUUCCUAACAUCUAACUAACAGACUCAGUAGCUUUACCCUGAGGGGGUUUCUUUUAAACUGUGUAAUAGGGCUGGGUGAUAUGGCCUCAAAUCAGUAUUACAAUAUAUUAAGCAGCUCACCUCGAUAACGAUAAAUAGACGAUAACUACUCCACAAGCUGCUCACCCCCUCCCACAUUAACUUCGUCUACUUCAGCCGCUCCAACUUUUGAACCGUCCACCAUCUCCUCACCUGUCUUUCCCUCUUUGUUACGGAUUGGAUGGGGUGGAGUCACGUCUCUGACGUAGGACGGCGUCUUAAAGGGACAUGAGACCAUAGCCUACCUACACACAUAAAAUCAACUUUUAUUUAUUCAUCUUUUUACACUGAAUAUACACAUGUGGGCAAAAUGACGUUGGUUAUUGAGUUUCGGUAUCUGUAAAUUUUUGGUUUAUCGCCCAGCCCUACUGUGUAAUAUAGAUGUGGUUAAUUAUUUCUCUCUCUCUCUCUCUCUCUCUCUCUCUCUCUUUCUUACUGGGUUGCUGUGUUUCUGUCAAAAAAGACUUCCUCAUAGUUACAGGAAUUAAUCACAGUCUGAAAUAUUACUGAGGCUAUCUUUUUUUUUUUCCUGUGACAGUUUCACAGUUUACAACAUGACUGCUUAUUCAUGACGCACCAUGCAGUAGUCUGUUGUGUUUGAGUAAUACUGAAACAGAUGUUUGUAGAUUGAUUAAUGUUAUGUACAGGUGCACAAUUAAAGUGGGCUGAGACUGUAUGCUUUAUGUUAUUUACAAUAUGCUGUACAUCCUGUGUUUUGGGUGCUUUUUCUCUCUGAUGCCCAUCACAUGCUUGAUGCUAUUUUUGGAUCAAAGUGGCUUUAGAGUUAACUAAUAGAUUAGGAUGAUAACUGAGUUACUGUAUCAAAGGAACACCUCUGUAUUUGUAUGUGUGUGCGUGUGUGACCCUCAGGACAUGCAGAACGGCUUGGACAGGGAGAGCAGCAGCCUGCAGGACCUGGAGUCGCAGAAACAGGCCGCGCAGGAACGUCUGGAGGAGAUGGACCAACAGCGCUCGAAGCUGGAGGGAAUGCUCAACGACGUCAAGCAAAAGUGCCAGGAAGAGUCACAGCUGGUUUGAGACUUUGCUCAUUUGUAACAUACAAACAUGUUAAAACAACAAGUAAAGCUGCAGUGUUUGUAUUGGGCUUCUGGGGGGCAAAAACGCUCAACCUUUCUGUGCAGAGAAGCUCAUUCUUUCACAUGUUUUUCAGAUUUAUAUCAGAGAUUACUUAGGGUCCAAAAAAAAUAGCACAUACAAGUUUCUUUUGUGCACUUAUUACUUUUUAAUAUGUGUUUUUAGGUAGAUUACUUUAAUGCAAAAUGAGGAAGUGUCAUUUUUAAAGUAUAAAGAAGAUCAUCCUCUUACUGUGAUAUUAAGCUUUGGAGUUUUCUUGCACUUUUCAUUUGACCUCAUCACAAACCAAAGACUACAAAAAGAAAAAACUGUUAUCAAACAUAGUUUUAAACCAACAAAUUCAAAAUAUUUUUCUUCUUGUACCCCCAAGAUCUCAUCCCUGCAGAGCCAGAUCCGCUCUCAGGAGACCGACCUUCGAAGCCAGGAGGACGAACUGGGUCGCACUAAGAUAGACCUGAGCAGGCUGCAGGAGGAGGAGGCCCAGCUGGAGCAGAGCCUGCUCACUGGUCGUGUGCAGCUGGACAGUAUCAUCAAGUCGCUCAAAACCACUCAGGAGGAGAUCAACCAGGUCAGGCAGUAGGGAUGGAUGUCAUCUGGAUCUCCGAUCAGCUCAGUUUUUGUGCACCAUAAAGUUUUAGAGUUCGAAGGGUUUUUUGAGUUAAUGAAAAAGCAGCCUUGGUUAUCCAGAAAUAACAAUGCAGACUCUCCUGUGGAAGCAGUUCAGUUUCACUUUGACUUUUGUUUGGUUUAAGUUUAGCAUUCUCUGAAGAGCACUUCUUCAAAGCAGGCUGAAGUGAAACUGUCACAUCAAGGUUUAUUUUAUUUAUUCAACUUGACCACUAACCACCAAUGACACAAUCUGCAGAUCUAAACCCACCACAAACAUCUGCAAAAUAAAUCAGGGUUCAGGUACUAGUGCAGUCCCAAGUGUUUUAAGUGUUUUGACUCAAAGUUAACAGAAAUCAGAUUCUACUGAUUCACUUGAUUCAAUUACAUUUCUGUGUCCUCAGGCCCGCGGCAAACUGUCAAUGAUCCAGGACAACCAAAAAGAGGUGACCAAGACCAUUGAGCAGUACAACAGUGCUCUGAGCGACAUCAACGGAGGAAACCUCAGCAACCUGCCCGACCUAAGUGAAGGGUUCGCUGAGAAGCAGAAUGGAGGUUUCAGAAGUGCGGUGAGAAGAUCAUAAAUACGGUUUAUCUUCAUUUCCAAAUUGAGAAUCUUCUCCUGUUGCCAUACAUUUAAUAAUCCUAAUUGAGAAAAGUAGAAUAAAGAAUCUCAAUAGGAGCACUUUCAUAUCACCCAGUUCUUUGAGUUUUAUCAUGAGGAAACUUACACAGAAAUGUUUUUAUCUUGUUGGUUCUAUUAUUCAGGACAACUCUUUUAAGUCAAAGAUAGCUAUGUUCAACAACAGCGGUGCAAAGGAGACUCCGGUAGACCCCUUCCAGACAGAGGACCCUUUCAAAACGGACCCUUUCAAAGGUUUGGAAGAUAUCUUUGUAUUCUUAACUCAUUUUAAACUCAUUUUAAGAUGAAAAACCUAAACCAGUUAAAUGAUUGGAAACUGUUCCUCGUAUUCAUGCUUUGGAAAAAUAAAAUAAAGUUCAGAUUAUUUUUGAAGUCUGAAGAUGAUCUUGAACUCUAUUUCUUCCCGACCAUGACAGUAACUCCGUUCUCACUGUUGUUUCCUUUUUCCAGAUCCAUUCGGAGAUCCUUUCAAAGAGAGCGAUCCCUUCAAAGGCACCACAUCUGAUGACUUUUUUAAGAAUACAGACAAGCCAAACCUGUUUGGAUCCUCAGAUCCAUUUGGUAGAAAACCCACACCGCCAGUAAAGGUAUCAUGUCCUUCUGAAUCACUCCUGAUGUUUGAUGCAAGUGCUGACGGUGGUUCCUUUUGUGUGCACUAUUGUGUUUUGUCAAAGGUUCAAAAUAAUUUCUCCUGUUAUUCGGCUGAUAGAUUGCGAAAGCUGUGGGUGCUGACGUAGUUUGACUUUUGUUGUCAACUACAAAAGAAGAGUUUUGGCAGUUACGCUGACAUGAACAUUGUGUGUAUAUUUAACAAGAUCUUUUGAAAAACUCCCCCGCUGUUCUUGUGCUUUUUUUUCAGCCAAAUUCCUUCAACAGUGGCGACCGUUUCUCAUCCAACAGCCCAAAACCAAAGGACUCAGGUAUGUGGCUUAGUCAUACUAUCCUAGGCUUCCAGUAGGUAUAGAGUGAAUAGACAUAAAAAAUUAGUAAAUAUAAAGUAAAAAUAAAUACCAGCCAUGUUUCUGUUCCCUUCAAAUCAUCUCACAAAUAGUCACACAUGCUCUCCACAUCAAAAAAAAAACCAUGAGACUGAGAUGUAAAGAUUUUACUUAUUUGUAGUCAUUUUGCAGACCUAGUUUGUACAAGGCCGAUUCUACAAGAGUUGAUGCUAUAAAAUGUAUAAAAACAGUUUCUGACAACUUGUUUAUCACUGUAUUCAUGUACUUUUAAUAACACUCUUUACACAUUUGGAAACCAAACCACUUGGCCUCUUCUUGCUGUUUCACACAACGUCUUAUCAGAAAUCGGCAUUGUCAGAAUGGCAGCAUAUGUUGCUCCAAAACCUGUAAGGAUUGUUCAUCAUUGUUUCCCAAACUAGCCAUGUUUGCCCUGUUACCGUCAGGGAUGCUGGCUGUGCCGAUAACCAGCCUGAUGAUACCUCUCCUCUUUUAAAGCAAAGAUAUCCCAAAUGAAUGUCAGAUUUUAAUUCGUCAGACCACAGGGCACUUCCAUUUUACGCUCGUCCAUCAGCAUUUCUGUGAAAACUUCAGCCGCCGCUCCAGCCGCUACAACUUUUGAACCGUCCUCCAUCUCCUCACCUGUCUUUCCCUCUUUGUUACGGACUGGAUGGGGUGGAGUUAUGUCUCUGACAUAGGCCAGCGUCUUAAAGGGACAUGAGACCAUAGCCUACCUACACACAUCCAAAACCAACUUUUAUUUAUUCAUUUAUUUGACACAGAAUAUACCGAUGUGGGCAAAAUGACGUUGGUUAUUGUCGUAAAUUUAGGUAUCUGUAAAUUUUCAGUUUAUCGCCCAGCCCUACCAUAGAUCACAUCCUCCCAGUGUCCUUGUCACAGUGGUUUCUCAGAUUUUCAGUCUUUUAUGAUGUUAUCCAUACCAUACUGUUGAUGAUGAAACUCUUUAAGAAUCUCCUUUGGUGAAAUACGGGGCCACAGUUGUGGACUAAACUAUACAUUGAGUUCUCUCCCUGUGACUUUGACAAAUAAAAGCUUAAGUGCAUACUCAUCGCUGAACCAAAUAUGUGCAGAUUUUCCAUGCAGAUUUCCCACAGGGUGACUCUAUUAACGGCCACGUGAAUGUAAAAGGGGAUUGUUCCCUCAGUGAAACGUCUCAAAGAGUCAUUCUAUGCCAUUCUGGGUGACGUGUCCGAUUUAGAUUUUGUUUUUUGGGGCAUUGGGAGCAAACAAUUUUUACUCACUGCGGUUUCAGUUUUUCCUGUGGUUUCUGGCUAUUUUUAGUCCAGGACCUACGCAUUUAACUGCUGGCAAACUAAAAAUACUCCCCCCUACCCUGGAAAAACAGGAGGCCUGCCGGAGCCAAACAUAACAGAAAGUUUUUGACUGUUGGUGCUGCUCUACUAGAAUACACUGCCACUUCUUUAAAGCAGUCUUACUCUGCCUGCUGCCUCUGUCCUGUCUUUAUAUCUGCUGCGAUUGAAACGCUCUGCCUCAUUCGCUACGGAAGUUGUUUUAAGUUAGUGGCUACUUCUGGUCGAUGCUCUGCCGUGCUACACACCUUCAGAGGAACACAGAGCCAACUGUAGCCCUGAGCUGAGUUACUGUGCGUAAAAAGAAAACACUACGUACUUCACAUGAAUGGGGUCUCUUGUGGUCGCACACUCACAACAAACAUAUUCUAUUACAAUGUUUUGUUUUUUCACUGUAACCAUCUGCACUUAGGCCAUUUUUUUUCAUUAAGCGGCAUACCAAGCCAGCUUCAAAACAACCCGGGCACAGUUCUGGUUAACAGUAUGCCGACUGACGCCUUUAAUUAGCUGAUCACAUGCAUAGGUCAGGUCAAACAAAACCUCUUCUUUCCAGGUUUUUUGCGAAAUGUCACGGAAAAUUAAACGGUCAUGCCACAUUCCCCUCCCUAAAAAUAGCGCGCAGGCUCUUUCAGAAUAAGCAAGAUGCAGAGAUGUUGUUGAACGUGUGGUUUCGGGGCUGGACUUUAUUAUAGUUUCUGGCCUUUUCCAUAAUCUCACUCAAAUGUUCCUAAUGUAGUUCAAUGUACUCUGGUUGCAGAUGUGUUUGGGACAGCGGACCCCUUUGGUAGCAACUCUUUUGGAAACAGAGGAGGUGGAUUUGCUGACUUUAGUCAGAUGUCAAAGGUAAACUCUGGAGACUCUUAGAGUUAUGAAUCAGUUGUACCAUAAAGCAUCAUUUUCCACUUAAGCUGUAGAGAGCCUUGUUGUUAUUUUUACUGUCAUGAGUGAUUUCUUACUUCUCUGCCGCUCGUUUCCCCUUUAUGAAAACAAUCUCCUUGGUAUGAAGCCAACGCCUUCAGCUUUUGGCUCACUUUUCCGUUGCAGUCAUCAUUUUGUGAUAGUUGAAGGACUUAUUUUUUUGCCUUCUCCCUUGUGCGUGAACAGAAGUCAGACAACCCUGUGCUCCAAUCAAAGAAAAAUGUGCCUAAUCGGCCUGCACCUCCCUACGGUAAGCCCCGAUGUGUGUGUUUGUGUGUGUGUGCAUGUGUGUGUGUGUGAACAUGAAUGAGCUUGCAGUUGUACCUGACAUCAUCGAUUUAGUUUUUUUAAUUUAACAUCUUUUGUCUGUUUAGUUUGGUUGCAAUUCAUACUGUUGCCAUGCCAGUGUUUUUUUAGUUUCAUGUUAAAUACGCUUACAUAGUUGCAACCUGCCACGUGAACGUGGUAGCAGGGUUGUGAACAACUGUCUUCCUUAUUAAAAGGCUUUUUUGUGCCAUGAUGGUAAGCAGAAAAAAAACUACUUCCCCGUUGAGAAGAAAGGGUGAGAGAGGAUUCAUUCUCAUUUGAAGUUGUAAACAGGAAAGCGGUUGGUAGAGGUGAGGUUGCGCUGUGGGUUCACUCGGUGACGUGACCCUCACUAAUGUCACAGAGUUGAAAUAGAGUUAGAGCAGCGUUUGGUUCAACCUGUGAAACGGUAUGAUGAUGGUUUCGAAAGCGACUCUUCCCUGCCUUGGGAGAGCUCAGCUUUCAUGCUCAUCUUGUUUUGUUUUUUUCUGUGUGUGGGAGCGCACGUUCACACAGUCAACCACUACCCACAGGCCGUGCCCAACACGUGCCCUUCCGCUGUGACCUUGCACUUAUUCUUUUAAGCAGAAGCCACAGCGUGAGAAAGUUGGUGUUCCUCUUUGCUUUACUGCAACAGAGGAGGGUAGAGAUAAGUGACCGCAUUUAGCCAGCUAGCAAGCACCAAGAGAUGUGCAUCUUAUGUGAUAAGGAAGUGAAAAGCCCUCUGUGAAAGUCACGGGCAGCUCUCUGAACGUGUGCAUCACAGGGACUAUUUGACAGCUAUUUUGGUCCAGUUAGAAGGUGACAUUGAGCUGUUUGCUAAUAGUUGUGUUAUUGAAUUUUUUUUUUUUUUUUAAAGUGUGAUCAACAGUAGUUAACUUUAGAGCCAUUGCUGCUGUUCUUACUGAUAGUUUUGCCUUCUUUAACUUGCAACUGCAGCCAGUGUUGCACAAAGUUUGAUGGAAACAUUAAAUAUGAUACCAUGACAAGAAGAAGAAGAAGAGUUAAAAGCUUACUGUAUGCAUGGGUGUGGCUGUCCUCUAUAGUUCUGUUUCCAUAAAAAGCCUCACUUUGCUUGUAAGGCUUCAUUGCAUCAGUGAGCCUUACUAAAAAAAUGUGGUUAACACCUUUUUUUUAAAUCAAUAUCUCUUUCCCCUUGAGGACGGCUCUGCACACCUUCAGCUUGAAGCUGCUGGCUUCCUGUGAAAAUUAAGCCACACAAUAUCAUACACAGUAGCUUUUCUUAAGUGUGAACUUAUUUUCCCAAGAGGCUAUCAGCCGUUGGCAUCUAAAGAAGAAUGAUCUUUUCGCACAGACUGUAUGUAAAUGUCUUCCUUUUCCAGUAGGUAUGCUCAGUUUGGCCACGUCAGAGCCGUCCCCGAGCGUUCCCUGUACGGGCUCGUUUGUUACAGCUCAGUCGAGUAGCGCUCCCAAAGACUGUCCUGUGGGUUUUGCCGAAUUCGGCCCCGUAAGUGUAGUCGGCUUAUGGUUUUCUGCUGGUAUUGUUUUUUGUCUGCAUGUGCCGCUGAUCUUAUGAUCUCACUCUUAAGAUAGUAGCGCUGCAGGCUCCAAGAGUGACAGCUGCCUGUCACCGGCCCUCUCUCUGUCAUCUUCCCCUCACACAGCAAGCGAUCACAGGACCGUCGUGCUUACUGGCUGUUGACUAACACCCGACAGAACACCUGAGAGCUUUUUUAAAGGCUUGGCAAAGACGGAAGUCGAACGUUUACAUGACUGACUUUGACAUCCCUCAAACUUGUGUCUGUCUGUCUGGUAAAGGGGCUCUUGCAUGCUUCUUGUUCUCUUUGGCUUUUUGAAAGGGAGACAGGAUUUAUAAACUCUUAAUCAGUCAGUUAGUGAACUUGCCCGGUCAGGUAGCACUCGAGGAGCAUUUCUCAAGGCUUGGAAGUACAAGUUAAAGGCUUAUUUGCUGUCAAAGCAUGACAUGCCUGGAAGCAGAGCACAACAGAGUAAAUCUUCUGCUUUGUCCCACAUCUUCCGCUUCUUUGCCUCCGUGUGUAACCAGAGUUUGGAGAGAUGAUGCAUGGCAGCUUUUUGUGUCUGGUUUGUAUUCAUUUGACAUGACAUGUAUUUAUGUUCUCCCUCAUACCAGCAUGAGAGUUGUGAAAGGGAUUUGUGGGUUCCUUUUAUAUCGAGCUGUGUAUUGUAAUUUUUUGUUUUUCUGCCAGGAUCUGAAUUUGACGAGGUAAGUCUGUACAAAGGGUGUGGUGGUCAGUCCUUUGCAUGUGAGAAAACCUGUCCGCACUGCGUGAUCUGAGUACGCUGAUUCAGAAGCAUGAAUACUUAAGUCGUCACUCACGGUGAUCCACGUGAUGAAUGUUUAUGGGUAAUGCGCCAGCAGUAAUUCGUGCCACUAGAAUAUAGCUAUAAAUAUUUUUUGUAGAGCUUUCUGUGUUGCUUUUUUCUGCUUUUUUGUGUCAUCCAAGCAAAAUCCAAACAUCAAUAUUAUUGCAUUUAUGUGUCUCAGUAGAGUGCCUUAUAAAUCAGAUCCUUUCAAUUAUGUUUGAUGUAUAUUUUGAUCUUUCACCCAAGGAAAAAACAUGAUUUCAAAAUUUGCACCCACUAUUACUUCUUCUAAAUCUUGCCUACACUGAGCGACAUCUCUCUGAUUGAGUUGACUUUGUAUCGCUGUGUCUAUAUAUCUGAUGGGUGUUUCUCUGCUAUAGUUUGGAAAUGAGAGCCAGCAGCUGGAGUGGGCCAAGCGGGAGAGUGAGCGUGAGGAGCAGGAGAGGCUGAGGAAGCUGCGGCUCCAGGAACAGCAGGACCUGGAGCUGGCCAUCGCUCUCAGCAGGGCCGACAUGCCCAGCUCCUGACCAGGCAUGCCUACACUACAGAUUUUAGUCUCCUCCUCUCUGCCUUACAGUCCCCCCUGUCCUCAGGCUCAUGACAACAGCACCAACACUGGCCUACUGUGACAGACAGCCCUCUGUGACCAGUUUAUGCAAGAGAACAGUGUUUCUCCAGCCACCAAUGGACUCUAGUCCAACAACUCCACACUUAUCACACAGUCGAGGUUCAUCUCUCCCAAACUACACGGCCACCAUAAUCAGGGAUGAGAAGAACAAACUUGGUUUUAACCUGCAAAAACACAGCCUUUUGUCAACUCCACUAUAAUCUCUAUCUAACUUCAUAUCUUACAUCUAAUUACCCUGAAAUAUAAAACCACCAUUGUGUUACAAAGAGUAACCUUUUAAGAAUAUUUUACCCUCUUAUUUAUACGAAAAGCAACAAAUCUGUUGCGUGAGAAGUACCUGUAAAUGACAUGUAUAAUGACUGUUUUAUAUAACCUUUAACCUUUCAGAAAAAUCCUCCCAUGUUGACUUUAGAUGCUAACUCUUUGGUUGGCCUUUGAUCGAGUUGGCCCUGUUUCUAAUGUUUUGUUUUAAGGGAACCUCUACAUGUACUGUAAAUACUGAUAGACGGUGAUUUUACGUACGAGCAUUAGGAAAGUCUAAUCAGACUUUUUGAAGUCUUAAAGGACCAGAGUUUAGUGAUCAGAUGAUCAGUGGUAUGAUAGAAUUGUUUUUAUUUCUAAUGCGUCUCAACUGUUUCAGCCAUUUAUGCCUGCUAAUUUGAAUAUUUAUGGCCUCAAAGUAAAUGAAGUGAAAAACACUGAAGCAUAAUCAAACCCUCUAGACUAGAGGGACUCGUGUUUAUAAAACUGAAAGAAUGUUGUUUUUGAACACCCUAUGAAGAAUUGUUGAAUUUUGACCCCUUACUCAGCUUCCGCCUAAUAGAAUUCAGUCGUAUUAUAUCUGCAGAUGCUAUCGAUAAUCAGUGAGGUCUUUAUUAUGAAGCAAGCUCAGCCCAUCUGCAGGGCCGUUGCAUCAUCCCUCAGAUGUCAACAGCUUGUCUCUGUCAAGUGGAUUAUUAUUGGUUGCCUUGUAACGCCCAACAACAUCCUGCACUCCCAUACAACUGAAAGCCUCUAUAAAAUGGAGUUAGUGUAAACUUGUGUUGUUUAUGCUGGUGCUGUUACACUUCGUCACUCUACCACUGAUGUACAGUGAAGGCUGCCUCUAACUUCUUUUUGCCAGUCUUGUUUCAGCUUUCGAAACCAACCAAAUGGAUCUCUUUUUCUUUUCCUGGUGGAUUUCUUUCUGGUUGUUGAGGUCUAAUGAUGGAGUCGGAGUGCAUUUCCUUAAAAUGCCUUAAAAUCUCGCAUCUUUGUAACCAUGAAACACUAAUCAGGUUCAUUUGGCACAUAAUGUACGCACUUGUAUAUUCCAGAUUAGACUUGGUAUGUACAGAGUGACAGCGCCUUAUUUAUCUACAUAUCAGCUUUGUAACAUGUAAUAUUGCACAGUAUGUAUAAGAUAUUAAAAAAAUCUCAGCUUUGAGGUGCUCCGAACUGUUAAAACUUUUAAUUAAAUAAAAGUGAUUUUUAAAACUCCCAGAACAAGGUAAGUUUUGUUUUUUAGUUUUUGGGAUAGAACAGUUUUUUCAAAUAUGUGAUUUUUGAGGCAAACCACAGCCCAGAUGUAGUAAAACUUUGUUUCAGACUCUUUUUUUAGCCUUUGUGUGACACUUAACCGUACAGUAAAGACUAGGUUUGACGAAUUGUUUAUAUUUUUUAUUUCUAUAUUAAUACUGGAACAAAAAAGGUGAAAUGAGAGUGAUAUAUUUGCAUCAACCCUUUCAGAUAUUUUUAUCUUGCAUGUACUUCCCCUUUUUUAAAAAUAUGUUGAUAUGUUCUAGUAAAGUGUUGACACAUCUAUGUCACACACAGCAUGAACAGCUCGCUUUUACUGGUUUCUUUUAGAUGUGGAAUUACUGUCAGGCUGUGUGUCACCAUGUUGUGUCACACAGAAAGAGCGAAGUCAUGUCCAUCAUGGACCAAGUACUUCAAGUAAAAAUGUUGAAUAUUUAUCUGUUCUCUAAAAUGGCAUCUGGCUCUGCUACAUGGACAGACUUUGAUGCGGGGAAACAAAUGCUCAGUGACACCACGCAGACAUAUAAUGCAUGGACUGAGAUACUUUGAAACUGCAGAGCAGAGUGACUCUGUGUAAUUGUAGUAUUAAGGCCCUUUGAUGUCCUACUAUAAUUUCUACCCAUCAGAAAGGGAGUCUAAGGGCUCCCUGAUGAGGGUUUUUGCUGUGCCCCUCUGUCCAGACGGC